AUGCUCUCCUUGUCCGUGAUGGUGGGACUGGUCCCCAUCGUGUCACUCAUUGGCUUGUUCUACUCUGCAGCCGUGGAUGAGAACUUCCCUCAAGGCUGCACCAGCGGCAACAGUCUGUGCUUCUACAGCCUGCUGCUGCCGGUCACCAUCCCCGUCUACGUCUUCUUCCAUCUCUGGAGCUGGAUGGGGAUCAAGCUCUUCAGACACAACUAGGAUGCUCUCUGAAAACAACCCACGGCAUGUUUUCUGAUGCACUUUUACCUCCUUUACCAACUUCAGUAACAUUAUUUUCUUUAUUUCAUGUCUGUUAAAGUCUGCUAGACUUGGGUUUUACUUGUCUGGAAGUUUAGGCUUGCAGGUAGGACUCAUAGUAACCGAGUCCGUGUAAACGCUAACUGCUACUGAACAAACUCCUGUUAUAAAAUGGAUAAAUGUAACCGAUUUAACAACUGAACUUCUUGGAUUUUUCCAGUUCUUGCAGAAAAGAAUAAACAACUUUAUUGGAAUAA